AUGGGUGCUAAUGUUGAUCAUAGUGUUACUGGUACUUCAGGACCAUUUACAUACCGUGUAAAUGGACAGGUUAUUCAUAGGAUCGGGUCUCUACUUCCUGAAGAUGGUGCUCUGCCAGAAUAUCUACAGUUAUAUAUUUUUGACACAGAUAAUGAGCUAGAAAACAGAAAGCGAGCGUUCACUCAAGAUACCUCCUCUUUGGCUAUCCCUGACAGUGUCAUUGUUCAAUUGAUUGAGAUGAUGGACAUACAUAACCACCUCGCAAAGACGUUUCGCCAUGCCCGUGAUAGAUUUAAAGACACUGGUACUAUUGAAUACAGUAUCACUCUGGUCAGUCAAACUAACCUUGGACGUCAAUACGAUCUUCCAAGUGCGAGCGAGAUUGGUGGAUUGAUAGUUGGAGAUCUAUCUGCAACGUCUGUUGGUAGAGAUAUUGUGGUGGAGCUCAAAUCAUCUAAUUUGCAGAGAAUCAGUGAUCAACACCCCCUGAUGAUGAGCCUCCAAUAUCCAUUGUUGUUUCCGUACGGAGAGGCUGGCUAUAACCAGAGAAUGCCAUAUGAAGGUCCUGAAAUGUCUAAAGUAAGAAGAGAAUACAUGACAAUGCGUGAGUUUUACGCUUAUCAGUUUCAGACUCGGCCUACUGAGGGUAUGACGAUCAUAAAGGGCGGGAGAUUGCUGCACCAAUAUAUUGUAGAUGCAUACACUGCCACAGAGCAAGAGAGAUUAAGGUUUAUUCUUUUGAACCAAAAGAAACUCAGAGCAGAUUUGUAUAGUAAUGUGUGUGACGCUGUGGAGAGCGGAGAUUCAGAUGCAAAAAUGCUUGGCAGGAAGAUCAUUUUACCUUCUUCAUUCACUGGUGGACCUAGGUACAUGUCUGAAAAGUAUCUGGACGCAAUGGCUAUAUGUAGGUGGUACGGCAAUCCUCAUCUGUUCAUCACAGUGACAGCAAAUCCAAAAUGGGUGGAGUUAAAGGAUCAUCUGGACGCAUACGGUGGUGAAUCUGCUAAUAGCCGGCCUGACCUUGAAUGUAGGCUAUUCAAACUCAAACUGGACGAAAUGGUUUCCGAUUUCAAGAAAGGAGUUUUCUUUCCUAAAACUUCUGCAGUUGUAUACACCAUUGAGUUUCAAAAACGAGGACUGCCACAUGCCCAUAUUCUAUUAUGGUUAGAAGGAAUUAAGAAAGAAGCAACCGCCACAAUGAUUGAUGAGUACAUAUCAGCUGAGUUGCCAGACAGAGAUCUAGAUCCUGAGGGUUUUGCAUUGGUCGACCGCCAUAUGAUACAUGGCCCAUGUGGAAAACGUCGACCAAAAUCACCUUGCAUGGACAAAGGAGAAUGCACAAAGGCUUACCCUAAGCCAUUAUCGGAUCAUACACACAUUGACAAGUCUGGGUUUGUUAGAUAUAGAAGGAGAUCAGAUCCUAAGCAUUUAGUCUUGAAGAGCAACAUUGAGCUGGGAAAUCAGUACGUUGUCCCUCACAACCUCAGUAUUCUUAAAAAAUAUGAGGCCCAUAUCAAUGUUGAAUGGUGCUGCAGAACCAGUGCGAUCAAAUAUCUUUUUAAAUACAUUACAAAAGGUGUUGAUCGAGCUACUGUUCUUUUGAAAGAGGUGGAAAGAGGAGGCGGUGAGAAGGAUAAAAAGAAAGACGGAACGGAUGUGAUAAAUGAGAUAGAUAAGUAUAUGGAAUGUCGAUACAUCUCUGCAUGUGAAGCCUCAUGGAGAUUGUUUGCGUUUCACAUACAUCAUAAUCAACCUAAUGUUGUUAAACUGCCUGUACAUCUACCAGGGCAGCACCAUACUGUCUUUGACGAAUCUGCUAGAUUAGAGGAAGUCAUUUCAAAGGAAGACGUUGAGAAAACAAAGUUAACUGCAUGGUUUGUGGCAUGUGAAACGUAUGAAGAAGCACGAGAGCUGACGUACGUUGAGCUACCUACCAGGUUCGUUUAUCACACCUCAGGGAAACUAUGGACCCCCAGGAAAACCGGUGCAGCAAUAGGAAGAGUGGUUUACGUCAGUCCAGUGGCCGGGGAUAAAUACUUCUUACGGAUUUUGGUAAAUGUUGUUAAAGGGCCUAGGUGUUUUGAGGAUUUAAAAACAGUUGGGGGUGUGCUUUUUAAAAAGUAUAGAGAAGCAUGUUACGCGCGGGGGUUGCUUGAUGACGUCAGAGAAUGGCAUGAUGCUAUAGAAGAGCCAUCAUAUUGGGCUACGGGUCGACAGCUGAGACGGUUGUUUGUGAUUAUCUUACUUUUUUGUCAAGUUAUAAAUCCACUAAAGCUUUGGGACCAUACAUGGAAGUUUCUGGCAGAAGACAUCCUUUAUAUCAAACGAAAGGAAUUCAGGUUCCCAGGGCUUGAACUCAGCGACGACCAACUAAAACAAUAUACUCUGAUCGAGUUCGAACAGCUACUGAAGGAGAACGAUCAGUCUCUAGCGGAUUACCCUGACAUUCCAGUGCCUGAUAAUGCUAUUCUGACUGAGAUUUCUAACACAGUGCUGAUGCAGGAGUUGAGUUAUAACAUUCAACAAGAGACUGAGACACAUAAUGAGCUGUUCGAAACAAUGAAUCCAGAUCAGAAAGUAGUAUAUGAUUCGGUGCUAGAUUCUGUUCAUAAGCAAUCUGGACAGUUAUUUUUCGUUAAUGGGGCAGGAGGUACUGGGAAAACAUACCUAUACAUGACGAUAAUCGCAAAGCUUAGAUCAGCCAACAAAGUCGUCAUCCCAGUAGCAUCCUCUGGUGUUGCUGCGCUAUUACUCCCCGGUGGUAGAACAUCCCAUUCUCGAUUCAAACUGCCGCUUACACUGAGCGAUGUGUCAAUGUGUAAUAUUCCAAGAUGUUCUAUGUUGGCUUCGUUGAUAGCUAAAUCAGAUUUAAUAAUAUGGGACGAAGCUCCAAUGGCACACCGCCAAGCGUUUGAGACACUCGACCGUUCCCUCCGAGAUUUUUUGACUCCUGCAGAUCCUACGACUGCUGACAAACCUUUCGGUGGCAAGACUGUUCUCUUGGGAGGUGAUUUUAGGAAAAUAUUGCCAGUUGUGCCUCAUGGAAGAAGACCAGACACAGUCCUAGCAUCGAUCAGCAAAUCAUAUCUAUGGAAAAAUGCAGUAGUCUAUACUCUUUCCAUCAACAUGCGUUUGAGAGAAGCAGACAGGGAGCUUGCCAAAUGGAUUCUGGAAGUUGGUGAUGGGAAAGCUGAUACCGUCUCCUCUCACAGCAGCAAAAAUGAAGAGGGUGAACAAAUUGAUGUGAACCAAAGAUUCAUGAUCCCUGCAACAGACAAACCACACGAGGCAUUAGCAGCUGCGGCAUAUCCUGACUUCAUUCAUAAUUAUCGGAACAAGAAGUACUUAACAGAGAGAGCUGUGCUGACACCUACAAAUAGUACUGUGCAUGAGCUUAACGCAUAUAUGCUGUCUCAGGUUCCAUCAGAAGCUAAAGAGUAUCUGAGCUCCGAUUCGGUCGAGCUGGAAGCCACGCCAGAGGAUGAUUGGAGUAGCCACUACCCUCAAGAAUAUCUUAACUCACUUGAGUUCCCUGGACUGCCUAACCACAGGCUAUGCUUGAAGGUGGGGUCUCCGGUAAUGAUGCUGCGUAAUCUUAACCAAGCGUAUGGGAUAUGUAAUGGGACACGGAUGAUAGUCAGUCGAGUAGGUGAAAGGAUAGUACAAGUUGAGAUCAUGACUGGCACGAAAGUAGGUGAAACAGUGUUGAUCCCCCGGAUUCAGCUUUCCCCUCUUGACACUUUGCUUCCAUUCACGUUUUGCCGACGUCAAUACCCACUGCGUCUAUGCUAUGCGAUGACAAUCAAUAAAAGUCAGGGGCAAAGCCUCAAACAAGCUGCUUUGUACCUCCCUAGAUCGGUCUUCACCCAUGGCCAGUUGUACGUUGCUUUAUCUCGAGUGACAUCAUCGGAAGGGCUUAAGAUAUUAAACGAUUCCUCUCAUUCAGAUGGAGCUGAUGGAGUAACAAAUAUAGUCUACAAAGAGAUCUUCAAGGGCCUCUGUAACAACAAGGUUUACACUGAACUGGGGAAAAAAGCUCUCGAGAACGAGUUUGAGGUGAACUUCACACUAACAUUUCCUAUUGGUAACUCUGCCACACUGAAUCUGUUCGACAAUCAAGCAAUCGAUUUCCAGCUAAGACUUGAAUCCAUGCGUGUUGAUCCAAUGGUGAUUGUUGCCACAAACAUUAACCCACGAACAGUUGGAGCCCAUUUGUCCCUCAACGCCACGUCCGGAACACACAUCUACUUUGACGAGGAAACCUCAGCUGGUCAAACGUCUUUCAAUCAGUUGGUCACAAGAUCCACUGGUCUCCCACCUGCAGCUCCACUUCUGGGAGAGGUUGCAAAAGUCGAGCCCGUAACCAUAGCUGAGCUCAACAGCUUUGCUAUCAUCGCCGUGUCUGAGGAUAUUCAGUUCAUGUGUACCGGUAAAGUUAUUCGUGUAGACUCUGAUAAGGGAUGCUACCGAGUCGAGCUUCCAAUAGCUGAUGACACUGCACAAGGAAUCUUUGUCUGUUUUGAUGGGGUAAUGACAAAGUUGCAUGGUCUCGAAGCACGUGUAGCUGGACAAGUGUUGGAUGGCGAGGUGGGGUAUCCCGAAGACUCGCAUAUGCCCCCGUUUGUUACAAGCAUGGAGGGGAAAACAUACACUUUCCAUGUCAAGUUGACAACUUAUGAUUUCACAUCAACCCAUCAAUGCUUCACCGUCACCCGUAUUCUCGCGGAACAUGAACGACUGCCACCACACAAAUUUGUCACUUAUCAGGAAGAAAUUGCUAAUGAUGGUGCCAACGUCGAAGGUAUUCAGCCAAUCCUUGCAAAUGUUGACUCCGGAAGUACCGGCGGUGAGACAUCCUUGAUUGCUAUUAAUAAUCCAGUAGGGCGUGUACCAAAUAAGAUGGACAACGCAUCUAACUACAUCCUCAAGAAAGCCUUAGGUUGA